AGCUGGAUAUCUCAUGGGAUUUAAUAACUGUCGUAAAUGUCACACUUUUCUUCACAAAAUGGCUAUCGAUAGGCAUUUAACUGUCUAUGCACCGGUAUCUCAUAAAAUUAGCCUGUCAUGCUAUUUCCCUGAUUUUAAAUAUUUUAACAUUUUUACAGUUUAAAACGGACUUGUCUUUCAAUGUUGCUAGUUAAAGUGACAUUAUACUAGUGCUAAGUAACAUUAGCCGUUUGAGUCCAGCUAGUUUGCUUAUACGGUAACUAUGUAGUCAGACUAUGCGCGUUCUAGCAAGUACACUACUUGUUCGCCAGCAAGCGAAUUAACCUGAUUGCAAGCAAGCUAGUGGGAACUAUGUAAAGAUAUGUAACAGCUCGCUACGCUAUUGGAUUACCGACACCCGUUGUCUGUCUUGCUUCACAGAAAUUCUUAUUUUUCUAGAAAGGUCCAGACUCCACCAAACUGCAGGCAGAGGGAGAGGUAUGGAUCAUGGCUGGAGUUGAGACUCAACUUAUGCUGAGUGUUGGGUUAAUUGAAAAGGAUGUGAACCACGAUGUCCUGUGGGUGUGGUGCUACCCCUCUGUCAGCGCGGAGCUGCGGGACGUCCUGCUCAGGAAGUGCUGCCUCACGCUGGAGGGCUCUGUCCUCCACACCUUCGUGUUCGGCCAGUUCAGCCGCACCUGGUACUACAUAACCACCGUGGAGGUUCAGGAGCCCACUGCCCUGAAGAAGGUCACACAUUUUUCAAUAGUACUUACUGCAAAAGAUUUCAACCCUGAGAAGUAUGCUGCAUUCAGCAGAGUCCUCUGCAGGAUGUACUCCAAACACGGCAGCCCGGUCAGAAUGAUGGAGGGCUACAUCGCCGUCCUCACCAAGGGCGUGUGCCAGAGCGACGAGAACGGCUCCUUCCUUAUCAGGGACUACGAUGCCCGGAAGGCCUAUUUAGCCGGCUCCAUCAAAGACGUGGUGUCCCAGUUUGGGAUGGAGAGCAUCAUCCUGUACACAGCCCUGAUGCUGAAGAAGAGGGUUGUGGUGUACCACCCUCGCAUCGAAGCACUGCUGGAGUUCACAAGAGUUCUCCCAGCCCUGACAUGGCACAGAAAGGACUGGUCUAUUCUGCACCCCUACGUCCAUCUGAAUGACACAGAACUAGAAUCGCUUCGCUUGUGCACAGGAUACGUCGCUGGGUUCGUUGAUCCAGAAAUAAGUAACAGACCUGACCUUUUUGAUGUGUACGUCAACCUCCCCGACAGUGAAAUCACCAUUUCCCAGAAUGCAAAAGAGGCCAUGACGAUGGGGAAGCUGCACAAGGACAUCGGGCUGCUGAUGGUGCAGUCAGCCGAGCACGCCGACAGGACCGACGGCCAGGUGAUAAAGGACAUUUCCGUGAAGACGAAGGAGAUUUUGACCAACUUGACAUCCCUAGCGGAGGAAUGCGAGGAUUCCAAAAUCACCUUGGAGACCUUAAAGCGGCGGCGCCUCCCCUCGGCCACGGAGAACUUCCUGUUUCACCUGGCGGCCGCCGAACAGCUGCUGAAGAUCUGAGCGGGACCUCUGCCCCGGAGUACCGCUCGCGUGCCAGAACACGCUCAGCUCAGCCCUUCAUGUUAGGCCCCUCUUCAACCAGCAGACAAAUGAACACUCAUAAUUGGACUGUCGUUAAUACUGGAACUUUCCGUGAAACAGUUCCGGCCAGUUUAAUCCCCGUUUUUAAAGUGAGGCAGAGUCAGGGGAAGGCUUUUAUGGUCAUAUAACACAAAUUGAUAUUAGGCUAUGUUAGUAACCGAGUUUAAGGAUUUGGGUAUACUGUAUGUGUCAGCAGUUGCGCUGUAGAUGAAAUUUCCACAUUUUCCAAGUGUCACCCAGUGUCAGCCGUUAGGUGUAAUUCAUUCAGGUUAAGCAGAAGAGAUUUACAGUCACCAGACCCAUUAGCUAUUCUGUUAAAGGCAAAAUCCGAAACAGAAGUUAUUUUACUGGUGUGUGCUGUUUUUUCUGGUGUAAAAAAUGAAAAUGAUUACUGCUAAUUAUAAAAAUGCUGACUCCCAGUGAUGGGGUACACAUUGAUGGCAUAUGCAGCAGCAACACCCCCCAUUUGAACUGAUUUCAGUCGUUUUCCCCCGACUCUCAGUUCCACGGAAGAUAGUUCACUGUGACUGACUGCUGUCCACGCCUAGUGCAUCUCACUAAAUCAUGUGCCUCAUCCCCCAGUCUCCACACCCAUGUGACCUACGUUGGCCUAUUAGGCGUGAGGCAUCCAUUAUGCUGUCUGGUAUGAUGACCGUCUUGUCAGAAAUAUCUUUUUUUUAACUUUCAUCCCUUAUUUUACUCCUUUUUAGCAUGGAAUGCCCAAUAAUUCGGUCCCUUCGCGGGCCUGCAUCGGUCUGUCGAUGAGAGCGCAGGUUAGCCUGCUCUGCAGCGGAGCGAUGGGGGUUACCAUGCCAACUGCAGCCGUCCCUCGCUAGGCAACGCUACAGCCAUCUUGCGGGACUUUGAGCCACAGUCCUGGUUUUAGUGGCCUGAGUACAAGUGCCAAUUUAUCAAUCCGUUCUUUUUCUAGCCCACUUCGUCCUGGUCAGGGUUACGGACGGGCUGGAGCCUAUCCCAGCAUGCAGUGGGCAGUCCCUUAGUGUGAAUAAAGCGUACGAUCAACAAAUGACUGAAGAAAAAUGUACAUACAUAAGAUACGAUCAGAGCUAUAUUUUCACAUGGAGCAGGGUGUCUAUGACCCUGGUCAUGAAUUUAGUUGUUACUCGGCACUUAAUUGAUCAGUUCAAGCACUUGAUUGCUUGGUAAAGUCGUUAUGUGUAUUUUUUCACGCAAAGUUCUGUUGCUGAUUUUAAGGGCGAGACAAAAGCUCUACGAAACUUGGCACCUUGUGGGUUUUCUGAAUCUGGGUUAGACACGCUUAACAUUGAGAAUAAAGAGUGGUGCGUUUCUUAUUUUCAUUUCUCUUACGGCUUUAGUGUGACACAAGCAAUAAAAAAACUAGUUUGAAUUGUCUAAGCACAGAUUUUUCACAGCUGAUGCAGUCAGAACCAUUAUUGGUUCUUUUUUUCCCAAAUAAUUUUAAAAAAGAUUAUUGUGUCAAAGUAAGGCCAGCGGGCAGCUUGUUUUGUUUAAUGCAUUUCAUUUCAUUUAAUUUCUUUUUGUUCUUUUAAUGUGUGCGAUCAGAGCAAUUAGACCCAAAGGCAUUAUUCUUGAGAAGGAGUGUUGGAAAUUUGUCUUAAAAUGACAUUUUUAUUGUGAUUGGUUUUAAUCAUAGAGGGGGUGUCUGGUGGCUCUGCAGAACGUGGUUUUGACUUUGCGUCUCUUUAUUUUCAAGUUCUUUAAAAGUAAAUAUCGCCUGUUGGGGAAUAAUCCAUUG